AUGGCCUCCACCUCCACCACCGUCCCUACCAAGGACCAGGUCCUUGUGCCUGAGACCCUCCUCAAGAAGCGCAAGAGCCAGGAGCAGGCCCGCGCUGCUCGCCGCGCUGAACUUGAGAAGAAGAAGCAGGCCAACAAGGAGAAGCGCGCUGUUAUCUUCAAGCGUGCUGAGGCCUACGUCAAGGAGUACCGCGAGGCUGAGCGCGAGAAGAUCCGCCUUGCUCGUGAGGCCCGCAAGCAGGGCACCUUCUACGUGCCUGACGAGCCCAAGCUGGUCUUCGUUAUCCGUAUCAAGGGUAUCAACAAGAUCCCUCCUAAGCCUCGCAAGAUCUUGCAGCUGCUCCGCCUGCUCCAGAUCAACAACGGUGUUUUCGUCCGCCUGAACAAGGCCACUGCGGAGAUGCUGACCAUCAUCAACCCUUACGUCGCUUACGGUUACCCCAACCUCAAGACGGUCCGCGAGCUCAUCUACAAGCGCGGCUACGGCAAGGUCAACAAGCAGCGCGUUCCCCUCUCCGACAACCAGGUCAUCGAGGAGAACCUCGGCAAGUACGGUAUCGUCUGCAUUGAGGAUCUGAUCCACGAGAUCUACACUGUCGGUCCCAACUUCAAGCAGGCGAACAACUUCCUGUGGCCGUUCAAGCUGUCCAACCCGACCGGCGGUUUCCGCCCUCGCAAGUUCAAGCACUUCAUUGAGGGUGGUGACACUGGCAACCGCGAGGAGAACAUCAACGCCCUCGUCCGCAAGAUGAACUAA